AUGGCAGCCCAACCCACAACCAACAACAACAAGACCAGUCCACCAAACAACAACCCAACACUCGCACAGGCUAACCAACUCAAUCCACCAGCAGCCUCGAAUCCAGGGACGACGACUACCGCACCCACCACCCCCGUCCCGCCACAAUUCAACCUCACCGAAUGCUCAAAGUAUCUCUUCUCUCGCAACACGGCUGAAAUGGAAGCCUUGUCUUCAAGAGAAGUCCCUCCAAGCGGUACAGUCCUCAAUCUAUCUAUCCACCUGCUCCAAGGAAACGAAAGGAUUCACUCACUGAUCCUAGAAACCGGAACUGUAUAA